UCAGAGAGACAAACCACAAACAAAAAGCCUCUUGUCGCUUCUUAAUAUCAUUAAGUCAUAAGUAACUCUGAAAUAAUUGUCUUGAGACAUUUUUGAAACAUAGUUGUUGUGCUCUUGCGCAUUUCAAAUUCACUGUUUCACAUACUCAGCGUAAAUGUACUGAGCUGUUGUAAGGAUGUGUUCUCAUAUAGACCCACGAGGAGCAUGUCACUGAUCCUGUUUGCCUUUGUGGUCCGGGUCGGGGAUGGACUCCCUCUCUCCGCCUCCACUGAUUUUCUGCAUAACAAGGAACUUCAGGAGAGAAAGCAACAGCUGAAAGUGAUCUCAAAGUCCCUGAGUUCAUUACCAGAGAGAGGGACAGUCAAGGGCCAUGAGCUCAAUAUUCACUUCCUCUCAUCCGAGGGUGUGUCCUACAUGACCGUAUGUGCAUGCAGUCUCCCUGCUGCCACGGCCUUCUGCUUCUUGGAGGACUUGCGCUGGGAAUUCACAGCAUGCUUUGAGAACUCUGCAGUGGCCCUGGCAAGCAGGCCGUACCCAUUUCUGGAGUUUGAUAGUGCCAUUCAAAAACUUCAGCAGCAUUAUAACCAGAAAGGGGGUCCGUCUCUGGAGGUCACCCUGGCGGAAGUACAGGAAGACCUCAGGACCAGCCCCCCUCAGGUUCUCACCAUGGAGGAUGUGGCGCUCUCCAAUGGAGCAGCCAAUGGGCAUGUAGAACAAACAUCUGCAUCAGGUCAAAGUCAGAGAUUGGAGCCAAUCUCAGCACCAGGGAUCCUCUCUCUAGUUCUUAACAUCAUGUGUGCUGCCCUCAACCUUAUACGUGGUGUCCAUCUUAUUGAAUACACCUUCCAGGAUGAUUAUGAUGGUUUGUGGAACGUGGUGGCAUUUCUGUUGGCAUUUCUCUGUUGUGUUUGCCAGUGUCAUCUGUACUUGUUCCAUACCUGCCAGAAGAAGCUGAAAUCCUUUACUCUCCUGACUCUCAUCAUCUUAUGCAAUGCUUUUCUCUUUGGCCUGAGGAACAUCUGGCAGCUGGCCUUCCACAUGUCCGUGGCCUGCCUCUCCACGUUGCUUACCCUCCACCGCAAACUGCUGGACAAGAACAUGGACUGUGGAGUAUGAGGACUUCUGCUGGCCAUGGACAGCAGUAGGGUGAGAGACCAAAAAAAAUGGACAAGACGUGGUGGCUAAUGAAAACUGGGACUGGUUUUUGCUUUAGCUUUGAUCUAAUCUUAUGAUCAAUUGAUUAUUUUUUCUCACAUGGAUAGUCUACAGGGGUCUUCAAUUCCAUUGCAUAUCAGAAAUCAAGUUUUUAAUGACAUAUUGUGAAUGUAAUAUGGAGAAACUGACAUGAAGUAAGCAUUUCGUUGAUUCUGAAAGUUAAUUUGAAGUAAAAGUUAAUUUUAUUUUAUUUUAUUUAUUUGCUGCAAAUAUAAGAAUACAUAUUUUUAAGCUAAUUUAAUUUGUUAAUCUUUGUGUACGUUUCUGUAGGAAGGGUUUUUUUGUGUCGUAUAGUUGUUAUAAAGCUAUAAAUGCCCAUAUAUAUCGCAUGUAAAUUACUGAAAGUGGGCAUGGUGGUAACUUUGGGUGAUUCAUGGUCUUUCAAUAUCAGGCGUAUUUUAGGUUAUGAAGGAUAUUUAAUCAAUAACUUUUGCAGUCCUUUUGAACAUGGUCUUUUGGUUUUAUUUUGGGCACUGUUGGUUAUGAAGGGGAAAGCCCAUUUCCACUCCUGAAUAAAAAACUCAAAAAAGUUAUUAUGACUUUUUAUUUCACAAUUCAGACUUUUUUUCUCAGAAUUGCAUAAACUCACAAUUCUGAGGAAAAAAAGUCAGAAUUGCGAGAUAAAAACAGAAUUGCAAGUUUCUCGCAAUUGUGAGUUUAUAUCUCACAAUUCUGACUUUUAUUCUCUCAUUUCUCACUUUUUAAAUCAGAACUGUUAUAAAUCAGAACAAGUUAUAAAGUCCAGUUUUGAAGGGGAAAAAAACACUGAUAUGUUCUUAGAAUUGUGAGUUUAUAUCUCACAAUUCUGACUUAAUAACUCGCAAUUGCUUGUUAUAAAAUCAGAAUUAUGAGAUAUAAAUUCGCAGUUCUGAGAAAAAAGUCACAAUUGCAAAAUAUAAACUAGCAAUUCUGAAAAAAAAAGUCACAAUUGCAAAAUAUAAACUAGCAAUUCUGAGAAAAAAGUCACAACUGCAAUAUAUAUAAAGUCACAAUUGUGAUAUAUACACUCGCAAUUUUAAGAAAAAAGUCACAAUUGCAAGAUAUAAAUGCACAGUUCUGAGAGAUUAGUUACAAUUCUGAGAUAAAGUGACAAUUGUGAUGUAUAAACUUGCAAUUGUGAGUUCAUAUUUCACAAUUCUGACUUUUAUUUUUUAAAUCACAGUUGUGAGAUAUAAAAUCGCAAUUACAAGUAAUAAACUCCAAUUUUGAAGAGGAAAAAAGUACUGACGUGUUCUUAGAAUUGCAAGUUUGUCUGACAAUUCUGACUUAACCUGCAGUAGUGUUAUAAAAUCAGAAAAGUCGCAAUUCUGCGGAAAAAAAGGUCACAAUUGUGAGUUUACAUCUUGCAAUUCUGUUCUUGCGACUGUAUUUCUCAGAAUUGCAAGUUUGUCUUGCAAUUUUGACUUUAUAACUCACAAUUGUGAGUUUAUAUCUCGCAGUUCUGGAAAAAAAUAACUUUUUUUAUUUUUUAUCCAGUGGUGGAAACAGGCAUCUAUAGUAAUAGGCUACUCCACAAUACUUUAAUUAUAUUAGUUAUAUUAGUACUAUAAUUUGUAUACAAAGCACAUUCGGGUCUUUUAACUAGUCUUACCAUUUUUUUUUUUUUCCACACAGACUAAUUUUGUCUAGCCUACAUUUCUAUAAUACUUUUCCCAAAGACUACAAAUCAGAAAUUAUUUUGAUACUUAUCAUAAUACAACAUUCAGGAACUUGAAUUUGUUGAAGUCCACAUCUGUUUAAUAACGAACAAAAACCUGAUAAUUUAUUUAAAAAAAAAAUUUGUUCACAUACAUUUGCAUGAUUUACAGAGCUUAGUUUACAUAUUAAUAUGUGAUUUAUUUGCACUAUUCUUCAUGAAAUAGACCACUAGACCUUUUGUUUGUUUAUUUUGCAGCAGACAGUAUUAUAAUUGAAUAAGUUUAUGAGUAAACUUAAGAUUAAGUUCAGGUUGUUUACGUUAAUCUUUCAUCAGUCCAGUGUGUUUAAAAUAAGGAUGUGUCGUCAUGUUAUACUGACAAAGAAUAGUAAGUUUGUACACUGCAUUUCUGUUUAUUGCACUUCAAGCAAUCAGAAUGGAAAAAUCCGUUUAUGUUAAUCUCAAAUACUUUUAAUAAGCGUAGAUAUAAAUACCAGAACUAUAGCGGGAUUCCUGAAUUUUUACAAGCAAGCUGUGCUUCUAGAUGGUUGGUGCAGAGUUGGCAAAAAUGUCAUUUUGCUGUGUUGUAGCAGCAGCUUGCAUGUAAAGUUUUCGUCUGGGAUAACAUUUAGUGCUGCAGUAAACCUACAGUAUGUUCAUGUCAAUGCCUUAUUACACGAUAUGAUUGCAGAUAUAUAAACAGAGGAGUGAGAAUGUAUGUAUGAUCAUUUUAAAGUGUGAAAAUGGCAACCAAUGUGCAGUAAGUCCACUACUAAUUGUAAUAAUAGUAAUGUAAGGGCUCUGUUUCUAUUUUACUGAUUUUUAGGCUUUCUUCACAGGAUAGCAUGACAAAAAAAAUGCAACGUAUUUCAAUUUGUAAACAAGGUUUCUUAUAAUACAAUUUUGAUGAGGAUUUCAGAGGUCACAGUGGUGCCCUCAGCCUUUUAAAUCGAUACAUAUUUACUCACUCCUCAUGUAAUACAUGGAGUUCUGUGUUUGUUGAAUCUAUGAGAUAUGUAUUUUUAUAAUAAUAGUUUUUCAUGUUGUAGAUCAGUUUAGUUACUCAAAUGAGAGAACCUGUAUUUAGAUGAAUUUUAUCUCAUGCAUUUGUGACCCAUGUUUUUUAUAGCCUGUGUCGGUGAACUGUAAUUGGUUCUGGGGGUUAUUACGUGCAUACCUAUAUGCUUAGUAACAAUGAAAACUUGAGACCAAUAUUGUCUUACAUCAACCUACAUUUGAAACUUUUUUUUUUUUUUAAAUCAAAGACUAUGCCAAUUUUGUCUUUAACAAGUGAUUCUGCUUAGUGGACACACAUUUUGUUUGUGAUAGAUAUUAGAAUUGGUUUUGUUUUACUCAAGUUGAACUGCCCUUUUACCUUCAACCAACAUGAACCUCCAGCAACCAAGUAAUAGUCUUUUAAAUAGUAAGGAGUAAUGUGAGCACUAUUCUGUGGAAGCCUGUUUCCACCAUAGAAUAAAAAUAAUUAGACACUUUAUCUAACAAUUCAGACUUUUUUUUCAGUCAGAAUACUGAGAAAUUCUUGAAAAGAGUCAGAUUUGCAAGAAAUAAACUUGUUUUUGUUUCUGCCACAGAAUAGAGGAUAGAGUUUGCAUUACAUCACAAUUUGGUCAGUUACCCGGAUGCGCGGCCAUAUUGGUGAUACUCAGAUGUAAACAACAGCAUGAAUUGACGAUUAAUUUACUACUGAAUACAUUGUUCUGCUCGGAAAAAAAUGUGUGAAA